ACUGGGGGGCGGGACUUCUCGCUCUCCUCCCACUCAGCGGGCUCCCAGGGAAAAGCAACAGUGUCCUCCAGAGCCCGAGGCCGCAGCGGCCGAGCCAGGCGAAGGAACCGGUGUCCCCCUCUCCCCGCGCGAGGAGCUCUGGAGCCCCAGGACCAUGGACGCUCUUAACAGGAACCAGGGAGGCCCUGGAUGCAAGACGCAAGCAAUGGUAAAGAAAGGGCCCUUGGACCUGAUUGAGACAGGCAAAGGGCUGAAAGUGCAAACGGACAAACCACAUCUGGUGAGCCUGGGCAGUGGGCGGCUCAGCACAGCUAUCACCCUUCUGCCUCUGGAGGAAGGGAGGACAGUGAUUGGCUCCGCGGCCAGGGACAUCUCACUGCAGGGUCCGGGCCUGGCUCCAGAGCACUGCUACAUCGAGAACGUGCGGGGCACCCUCACCCUCUACCCUUGUGGCAACGUCUGCAGUAUCGAUGGGCUCCCUGCCCGGCAGCCCACCCGGCUCACUCAGGGCUGUAUGUUGUGCCUGGGCCAGUCCACCUUCCUCCGCUUUAACCACCCAGCCGAAGCCAAGUGGAUGAAGAGCAUGAUUCCGGCCGGGGGCCGGGCCCCAGGGCCCCCCUACAGUCCUGGCUCAGCAGAGUCAGAAAGCCUGGUGAAUGGCAACCACAGCCCACAGCCGGCAACCCGGGGACCCUCCGCCUGUGCCAGCCACAGUUCCCUGGUGAGCUCUAUUGAGAAGGACCUGCAGGAAAUCAUGGAUUCACUGGUGCUAGAGGAGCCUGGAGCUGCAGGCAAGAAGCCUGCCGUGACUUCCCCACUGUCGCCCAUGGCUAAUGGGGGGCGCUACUUGCUGUCCCCCCCAACCAGCCCUGGCGCCAUGUCUGUGGGCUCCAGCUAUGAGAACACGUCUCCAGCCUUCUCUCCACUCUCCUCACCAGCUAGCAGCGGAAGCUGUGCCAGCCACUCACCCAGCGGGCAGGAGCCAGCGCCUUCCAUGCCCCCGCUGGUACCUGCCCGUUCCUCUAGCUACCAUCUGGCCCUGCAGCCCCCACAGUCCCGACCGAGCGGUGCCCGCGCCUCUGAGAGCCCCCGCUUGGGCAGGAAAGGGGGUCAUGAGAGGCCUCCCAGUCCUGGCCUCCGAGGUCUGCUGACAGACAGCCCUGCAGCCACUGUCUUGGCGGAGGCCUGCAGAGCCCCCGAGAGCCCCCGGCUGGGUGGACAGCUGCCCAUGGUGGCUAUCAGCCUGAGUGAGUACCCAGCUUCCGGGGCCCGAAGCCAACCCACCAGCAUUCCUGGCAGCCCCAAGUUCCAGCCUCCAGUCCCUGCUCCCCGAAACAAGAUUGGCACACUCCAGGACCGCCCUCCCAGCCCUUUCCGUGAGCUGCCGGGCACUGAGCGGCUGUUGACAACCAGCCCCUCACGCCAGCUGGUGGGCCGAACAUUUUCCGAUGGGCCAGCCGCCCGCACCCUGCAGCCUCCCGAGAGUCCCCGCCUGGGCCGGCGGGGCCUGGACAGUAUGCGAGAACUCCCUCCGCUGAGCCCGGCUCUGUCCCGACGGGCGCUGUCCCCCAUGCCCACCAGGACUGCUCCAGAUCCCAAGCUCACCAGAGAGGUGGCAGAGAGUCCCCGGCCCCGGCGCUGGGCCGCCCAUGGGGCCUCACCAGAGGACUUCUCACUGACCCUGGGGGCUCGGGGCCGGAGGACACGGAGCCCCUCACCCACACUUGGGGAGUCCCUGGCACCCCGCAAGGGCAGCUUCAGCGGCAGGCUGAGCCCAGCCUACAGUCUGGGCUCUCUGACUGGGGCUUCGCCCCGCCAGAGCCCCCGCGCCCAGAGGAAGCUGUCCAGUGGGGACUUGCGGGUGCCUGUCACUCGGGAGCGGAAAAAUAGCAUCACAGAGAUCAGUGACAAUGAGGACGACCUCCUGGAGUACCACCGGCGGCAGCGCCAAGAACGGCUCUGGGAGCAGGAGAUGGAGAGGCUGGAACGCCAGCGCCUGGAGACCAUUCUGAACCUGUGUGCUGAGUACAGCCGGGCCGACGGGGGGCCCGAGGCCGGGGAGCUGCCCAGCAUUGGGGAGGCCACCGCAGCCUUGGCACUGGCAGCCCGGAGGCCCUCACGGGGCCUUUCAGGCGCCGCUGGGGCCUCUGGGCGGAGCGCUGAGGAGCCUGGAGGUGCCCCCCAGCGCCUGUGGGAGUGCGUGGACCGCUCAGACGAGGAGAACCUCAAGGAGGAGUGCAGCAGCACUGAGAGCACCCAGCAGGAGCAUGAAGAUGCACCUGGCGCCAAGCUCCAGGCCGAGGUGCUGGCCCUGGAAGAGGAACGGGCUCAGGUGCUGGGGCGCGUGGAGCAGCUCAAGGUCCGCGUGAAGGAGCUGGAACAGCAGCUGCAGGAGUCGGCCCGGGAGGCUGAAAUGGAGCGGGCGUUGCUGCAGGGGGAGAGGGAGGCAGAGCGGGUGCUACUGCAGAAGGAGCAGAAGGCAAUGGACCAGCUGCAGGAGAAGUUGGUGACCUUGGAGACCGGCAUCCAGAAGGAGAGGGACAAGGAGGCCGAGGCCCUGGAGACGGAGACAAAGCUGUUUGAGGACUUGGAGUUCCAGCAGCUGGAGCGGGAGAGCCGCGUGGAGGAGGAGCGGGAGCUGACCGGCCAGGGGCUGCUCCGGAGCAAGGCUGAGCUACUCCGCAGCAUCACCAAGAGGAAGGAGCGCCUGGCAAUCCUGGACAGCCAGGCAGGGCAGAUCCGGGCCCAGGCUGUGCAAGAGUCGGAGCGCCUGGCAAGGGACAAGAAUGCUUCCCUGCAGCUGCUGCAGAAGGAGAAGGAGAGACUGACUGUGCUGGAGGGGAGAUACCACUCACUCACAGGAGGCCGGCCCUUCCCGAAGACCACAUCCACCCUCAGAGAGAUGGAGGAGCUGCUUCUCCCUGCUGUAGACUUAGAGCAGUGGUACCAGGAGCUGAUGGCCGGGCUGGGGACCGGCCCCGCGGCGGCCUCCCCGCGCUCCUCUCCCCCGCCUCUGCCCGCCAAAGCUUCCCGGCAGCUGCAGGUUUACCGCUCCAAGAUGGAUGGUGAGGCCACGAGCCCCCUGCCCCGGACCCGCAGUGGCCCCCUCCCCUCUUCCUCUGGCUCUUCUUCCUCUUCCUCCCAGCUCAGCGUGGCUACCCUGGGCCGGAGCCCCUCCCCAAAGAGUGCUCUACUCGCCCAGAACGGGACAGGUAGCCUCCCUCGCAACCUGGCGGCCACGCUGCAGGACAUCGAGACCAAGCGCCAGCUGGCCCUGCAGCAGAAGGGGCAGCAGGUGAUUGAGGAGCAGCGGCGGCGCCUGGCUGAGCUGAAGCAGAAGGCUGCCGCCGAGGCGCAGUGCCAGUGGGAUGCCCUGCACGGGGCGGCCCCCUUCCCGCCGGGCCCCUCCGGCUUCCCCCCACUCAUGCACCACUCCAUCCUGCACCACCUGCCGGCCGGCCGGGAGCGCGGGGAGGACAGCGAGCACGCCUACGACACGCUGAGCCUGGAGAGCUCGGACAGCAUGGAGACCAGCAUCUCCACAGGCGGCAACUCGGCCUGCUCGCCCGACAACAUGUCUAGCGCCAGUGGCCUGGACGUGGGCAAGAUCGAGGAGAUGGAGAAGAUGCUGAAAGAAGCGCACGCGGAGAAGAGCCGGCUCAUGGAGUCCAGGGAGCGGGAGAUGGAGCUCCGGCGGCAGGCCCUGGAGGAGGAACGGAGGAGGCGCGAGCAGGUAGAGCGGAGGCUGCAGAGCGAGAGCGCCAGGAGGCAGCAGCUGGUGGAGAAGGAGGUCAAGAUGCGGGAGAAACAGUUUUCCCAGGCACGGCCUCUGACCCGCUACCUUCCAAUUCGGAAGGAGGACUUCGACCUGAAGACCCACAUUGAGUCAUCGGGCCACGGCGUCGAUACCUGCCUGCACGUGGUGCUCAGCAGCAAGGUCUGCCGCGGCUACUUGGUCAAGAUGGGCGGCAAGAUUAAAUCAUGGAAGAAGCGCUGGUUUGUCUUCGACCGGCUCAAGCGCACCCUUUCCUAUUACGUGGACAAGCAUGAGACGAAGCUGAAGGGGGUCAUCUACUUCCAGGCCAUCGAGGAAGUGUACUAUGACCACCUGCGCAGUGCGGCCAAGAAGAGGUUUUUCAGCUUCCCUGUGGUGACUGAGAGCCCGAACCCAGCCCUCACCUUCUGUGUGAAGACCCAUGACCGGCUGUACUACAUGGUGGCGCCGUCCGCAGAGGCCAUGCGCAUCUGGAUGGAUGUCAUCGUCACCGGAGCUGAGGGCUACACUCAGUUCAUGAACUGA